UACGCGGCUCGGGGCGUACGUGUGUGAUGUGUACGUCGGUCGGGGCUUGAGGAGAUCUAUGAAUCGGCCUGUGUGGUUCAGGGCUAAGGGACCAGAACUGAGAAGAGUAGAUUCCAUACCAUGGCAAUCCCUGAAAGAGAAUCAUAUCCAAUGAUGUCCAGAUUCCUGAAAGAUAUCCCACAGGCAUUGGAAUGUCGUGAAUCUUGCAAAAGUGAGGAAGAUAUAGAGAUACAGAUUGGAACAGUUUUUGACAAGAAAGCUCCUAAAGGGGAGAGAGAUUUCAAUGCCAGCUCAAAUGUUGGUACACAUCACCAAAGUCCUACAGGAAAACCUCAUAAAUGUAAUACAUGUAACAAAAGCUUCAAAUGUUACUCAGAUGUUAUUAAACAUCAAAGAUUUCAUACUGUAGAAAAACCCUAUGAAUGUGGGGAAUGUGGGAAAACCUUUAGCCAGAGCUCAGAUGUUAUUAAACAUCAUAGAAUUCAUUCUGGAGAGAAACCUUAUGAAUGCAGUGACUGUGGGAAAGCUUUUAUUCACAGCUCACAUGUAGUUAGACAUCAAAGAAUUCAUAGUGGAGAGAAACCCUAUAAAUGUGAUGAAUGUGGCAAAGCCUUCAGCCAGGGUUCGAAUCUUAUACGUCAUAAGAGAAUUCAUACUGGAGAGAAACCCUAUGAAUGCGGUGAAUGUGGCAAAGCUUUUAAUCAGUUUUCGUUACUUAUUGAACAUGAGCGAAUUCACACUGGAGAAAAACCAUAUGAAUGUAAGGAAUGUGGUAAAACAUUCAGUCGAUGUUCAGGUUUCAUAACUCAUCAGAGAAUUCAUACUGGUGAGAAACCUUAUGAAUGUAAUGAAUGUGGGAAAACUUUCAGUCGAAGCUCAGAUAUUAUUAAUCAUCAGAGAAUUCAUACUGGAGAGAAGCCCUAUGUAUGUAAAGAAUGUGGAAAAGCCUUCCGAGGCUGGUCAAGCUUUGUUCAGCACCAGAAAAUUCAUACAGGGGAAAAGCCCUAUGAAUGCAAUGAAUGUGGGAAAACCUUUAUCCGGAGAACCCAGCUUACCAAACACCAGAGAAUUCACACAGAAGUGAGGCCCCAUAAAUGUGAUCUAUGUGGGAAAAGCUUCAAGUGCCAUUCAGAUAUUAUUAAACACCGGAGAAUUCACACUGGAGAAAAACCCUAUGAAUGUGAGGAAUGUGGGAAGACCUUCAGCCAGAGCUCAGACGUAGUUAAACACCACAGGAUCCAUUCUGGAGAGAAACCCUAUGAAUGUAGUGUCUGUGGAAAGACUUUUAUUCACAGCUCACAUGUAGUUAGACAUCAGAGAAUUCAUAAUGGAGAGAAACCGUAUGAAUGCAAAGAAUGUGGCAAAGCUUUCAGCCAGAGUUCAAACCUUAUACGUCACCAGAGAAUUCACACUGGAGAAAAACCUUAUGAAUGUAACGAAUGUGGAAAAACAUUCAGUCAGAGCUCUGAUGCUAUUAAACACCAGAGAAUUCAUACUGGGGAGAAACCUUAUGAAUGUAAAGAAUGUGGGAAAACUUUCAUCCAUAGUUCAAAUGUUGUUAGACAUCAAAGAAUACAUCAUGGAGAGAACCCCUAUGAAUGUAGAGAAUGCGGCAAAGCCUUUAGCCAGAGCUCCAAUCUUAUUCGGCAUCAGAAAAUUCACACAGGAGAAGGACCCUAUGAAUGUAAUGCACGUGGGAAAACUUUCAAUCAAUCUGUGUUACUUACUGAACAUCAGAGAACCCACACAAAAAUGAAACCAAAAAAACCUGAUAGAUGUGAGAAAAUGCUUAGGCUUAACUCUGAUGUCACUGAACACCAGAGAAUUCAGAGUGAAGAGAGUUCCUUUGAGUACAAGUGUGGGAAAGUCUUUAGUCCUCAGCAAAACUCUUCAUGUGAAUAUGUAAAGGAAAAUUCGUAA